CCCAUUUAUACAUAAUUUCUGUUUGUUUUUUAAUUAUAUUUCGAAAAAAGCUGAGAGAACGUGUACAAGUGAGCACAGUGUAGGGUUACAAGUCCUUACUUUGUUUUUCAUUUCUUAGGGUUUAUGAUCUUUGUCCUGCCUUUUAGCGAUAGACAUUGUCGUUUUGAUACGGAUCUUUCUAGGGUUUUGGCGUUUCGAUUGACCUUUUAAAAUUCUCUUCAGGAUUGUUGUGGUGGUGAUGGCUGAAAGAGAGAUUAAGGUGAUGUGUUACUUGGAUGGUUGUAUCAAGCAUGGCCCUGAUGGUGUCUACUUUGAAGGAUCCACUCUUAAACAGGUGAGAGUCAAGCAAAAUGCUAACUUUAGCAGUUUUCUUGAUGAGAUUUAUCUAAUAACUGGGUUAGAUAAGACGACAUCAUCAAACUUUAGAAUCUUCACUAGGUACCCGCUUGUUGUUUCACAACCGAUGGCUAAGUAUGUGCUUGUUACCGUCAUGUGCGAUAGCGAUUUGGAGAGAAUGCUUGAGGUUCCAAGCAAACAUCCUUCUAUAAACACUCUGGAAUUGUUUUUGGAUGUUAAACCAACAGCUUCUGUUGUUCCUCCUCCUGCUGACUUCUCAUGGUCAAUGGCAAAGCCCAGUGGUCCGUCCAAAAGACAGAAGAGGACACAGCCGGCUAAUAAGGAUGAGCCGAAGAACUACUCAUAUGCAGAUGGUUUUGAUGAGGAUGCUUUAGCGUGUGAGAUUAAACGUGUGGUCAGUGUACACCCCACGCUCUCAGUUUCAGAGUUGCACAAGUGGUGGAAAGACAAACAUGGCUUUGGGCUUGAUGGAUUUGAUCAAGUUGAUGAUGCUCAAGGGCUGAUGCAGGAAGCGAAAGAUAAAGCUAUCAAAAGACUCUUCGGAGAUUGGGAUGAGAGUUUCAGAUUCAUACCCAAGUUAAUGUCUGCGCUUCACUCUUCUAACGGGCUGCUCGUUGACUGGCAGUAUGAUGACUCUUUGCCUAAUCCUGAACAUGCAUCCUUUCGCAGCGUGUUUUGGGCGUUUUCACAGUCUGUCCAAGGGUUUCAGCACUGCAGACCUCUGGUUGUUUUGGACACCAAGCACUUGAAGGGUAAGUACAAUAUGAAACUGAUGAUAGCCUCAGGGUUUGAUGCAGCCAACAGUUUUUUCCCACUUGCCUUUGCGGUUACUAAAGAAGUAUCCACUGAUACUUGGCGCUGGUUUCUCACUAGAAUCAGAGAGAAGGUAACACCAAGGAAGGGCCUUUGCCUCAUCUUAAGGCACCACCCGGACAUACUCGCUGUUGUUAAUGAACCGGGGUCUCAGUGGAAAGAGCCCUGGGCUUAUCACAGGUUCUGUUUGACUCAUCUGUGCUACCAAUUCUCUCGCCUCUUCCCAGACCACCACCACCAUCACCACACGGAGUAUCUUGUGAUGAAGGCUGGGUUGUCGAGUCAGAAGGCAGAAUUUGAUUCCUACAUGAAGGACAUCGAAGAGAAGAGUCCAGAAGGGUGGAAAUGGCUUAACCAAAUCCCUCCGCAUCAGUGGACUCUAGCUCAUGACGGUGGUCUCAGAUACGGAAUCAUGGAGAUAGGUACAGAAGCUCUGUUUGCAGUUUAUAGAAGCUCUCCGAGAAUUACAAUGACAGGGGGUGUGAUGCUUCUGUUAGAUGAGCUGAGAGACGCUUUCCACGUGUCUUUUAAGUGUAGCCGUCGUUCUCUUAACCGCGGUGGUGUCUACACAGAGUUUGUUAUGGACAAACUUCGAAAGUCCGUGAAAGAUUCCGCUUCAUACGUUAUAACGCCGUUAGAAGGAGAUGCGUUUCAGGUCUCAAAGAAAAAGGGACGCGCUCUUAUGGGGAAAUAUGAAGAAGAGAAGGAAUGCAUUGUUCAGUUGAAUGACUCAACCUGCACGUGCGGGAAGUUCCAGAGGAAGAAGUUUCCAUGUCUGCACGCUUUAGCGGUCUGCAAGAAGAUGAAAAUCGACCAUUUUCAGUAUGUAGACGACUGUUACUCUGCUGAAAGCUAUUACAAAACUUAUGAGGCCACAUUUUCUCCUGUUCCGGAGUUGUCAGCUUGGCCGGAAGCUUCCGGAGUUCCAACAUUGUUUCCCCCUGUCAUUGCACCACCUCCACUUAAAGUAUCAGGGAAAGGGAAAGGGAAAGGCAAAAGCAAGGAGCCUCCUAGUGAUGAAGAGUUGAGAAAUGCAAUUCUUGAUAUCUUGAAAGUGAUGGACUUUAAAAUGGCUUCGUUUACUGACAUCAUCAAGCAACUUGCUGACAAGUUUCGAUACAAUCUCACCGCUCGAAAGUCAUCCAUAGAAGUAAUGAUCCAGUAUGAGCUCGAGAAGUAUGCAGCUGAUUCCGAAGAGGAGGAAGAAGAGGAUGAGGGUGAAGAAGAAGAAGAAGAAGAUGAAGAAGGGUUGUGGUAGGAGGGAGCAUUAACAUUAGCUCGUUAGGAUUCAUUUCAUGCCCUUUUUUAAAACAAUCUUUUGAAUUCUUGCGUAUGCUUUCUAGUAACUGGUCAAAUAGGUCUUAUGUCAAACUGAACCAGGCUUAGAAUCAAACCAGUGGGACUAUUUUGCUGUGAUGGUUAUACUGAGUUGACUGCCCUAUUCUUAGUUAAAUCCUCAAAAAACUCACCAACAACAAGAAGCCUGGUCAGAUUUGCUA